GCUGCAAACCGUGCCCUUUCUGAUCCCAUCCGAAUUCACGAUGUUCGGGUGGGUGGGUGUCAUCGCAACGCUGAUAAUUUGCGCAGUCUGUUCAAACGCGGAGAUCACAUUAACGCAACAGCGAUCCCUGUCCGUUCAGCCAGGAGGAACAAUUAAGAUCAGCUGCAGCGUGUCUGGCGCUAGUUUGGGAAACACUGACAUAGGAUGGUAUCAGCAGAAACCCGACAGUGCUCCCCGAUUUCUCCUCUAUCAUGAUCUAAAUCGUGAUAGAAAGGGUACUGGGAUUCCCGAUAGAUUCUCUGGAAGGUCGUCAAGCAACGCUGCGUAUUUAACAAUCAGUAAUGUUCAAUCCGAGGAUGACGCCGAUUACUACUGUGGUUGGGAGCAGUCCUCCGAGUUUCACUUCGGCGGAGGCACCAAGCUGACUGUAACUGUUGGAAAUUUGUCCAUUCCUUCGGUUUCCCUUCUUGCACCCGCGUCCAAGCAGAUUACUGAAGGAAAGAUGGCGACUUUGGUGUGUUUAGUCAAUAAUUUUUCCCCGAGCUCGGUGGAGGUUUCCUGGAGCAUGGACGGCAAUGUCGUGAAGACUGGUGUCCAGACAACUCGAGCCGUCCUUGACAGCGACCAGACCUACAGCCUGAGCAGUUACCUGACCCUGACCUCCCCCGAGUGGAACUCCCACGAAGCGUACACUUGCGGGGUUACACACGAGUCUCUCGGGUCUCAGCUGAAGCGAAGCAUCCAGAGAUCAGGCUGCGCGUAAAAGGGAGCCGGCUGGCUAUGUGUGCGCUGUUAUUUAUGAGUUAUUCACGAUUGCUUUAUUUGUAUUUGCAAGUGGCUUUCCGAGAGUAGAGCUUUAAAUAUAUUUACAUUAUGGCAAAAGAAUCUUUCACUUUGUGACGCACAAUUAUUUGUUUAAAUGAAAUAAAACAA